AUGCACGCUGCUGGGCACAAGGCCACAGACGAACCCGGCCACGCGGCCAAGCAGCACCCGGCCCCUGGCGCCAAGGACGCCGCCGCCAAGGACGUUGCCGCCAAGGAUGCCCCCUCCAAGUAUGCAGAGGGUGCGGCCGCCUCCCCCUCGCCGGCGGCCAAGGCGGCAGGCGCGGCCAUCAGCAGCGCGCCGGUCUGUGCCUGCGCGCUGCAAGGGUUUGCGUCAAAGGAGUGCACCGAGGCGCUCGACGCGCGCUGCAAGGAGAAGGGCGGCGACAAGGAGGCAAAGGUCGCGUGCGAGGCCGCGCCCAAGGCGGCCACCAACUCGACGGCGGCGGCGGUGUUGGCGUCGUUCCUGGCGGGGCAGUGCUUUGAGGGGCAGGGCCUGGAUGUGUCGCCGUGCCAGUGCUACCGGGACCCCAACUCCAACGACUGCGCCAAGGCACGCCUCAACCUCUGCAUAAAGCAGGACAAGCUCUGCGCGCCCUUCCAGCCUGGGUCCGACCCCGCCGCUGCGGUCGCUUUUGGCCGCGCCAGCUGCCCGGUGGCGGUCCCUGACAAGGACGGCGUUCUGGCAAACCUCUCGUUCUCCGGCCUGGGCUUUGACGAAUGGACCCCGAAACUCACCUCCGGCAUCGCCGCGGCCCUCUCCGCGGCCGCGGGCGUCCCCGCCCCGUCGGUCUCGCUGCUGGACGUCCGCCCCGCGGCCCCCGCCGCCCCAGCCGCCCCAGCCGCCCCAGCCGCCGCCGGCGCCGCCACGCGCCGCUUGCUCGCCGCUGCGCCGUCGGACGGCAGCGUGGAGGCAGUCUACUGGUUGACCACGCCGCAGCCGGACGCGGUCGCUGCGCGGAUCACGGCGGCGGCGGCGGACGGGAGCUUGAGCAAGGAGCUGGCCGCCAACGGCGUGACGCACCGGCCGACGCUGCAGCUGAGGCCCGUCUUCAAGCGCGCCCCGCAAGGCAGCAGCUUCCCCCUGUGGGCGCUGGCCCCCAUCAUCGUGGGCAGCCUGUUGGUGAUCGCCCUCAUCGUCCUGGCCGCCAUCCUGCUCAAGCGGCGGCGCGAGCGCAGGGUCAGGCGGCUCGCCAAGACGGAGACAUUCGACCCAGCCUCGGUCGCCGUGGGCACCCCGCCUGGCCCGACCCUCCGCAGCACCAAGGGAGUGGACCCCCCGCCUGGCUACAAGGCCCCCGGCCCCGAGCCCGCCGCCGGCGCCGCGGAGCUGCCCAUCAGCCGGCACGCCCCCGCGACCUUGUACGAGCCCUCGCUGCCGGUGUCGCCCGUCGCGGCGCGCACGCCGUCGGCGCGCACGCUAUCGGCGCGCACGCCGGCCGCCGGCGCCGCGGCGGCGGCGACGUUGGGGGCGGGGGUCGCGGCGUCCUCGGCGGGCUCUGCGGGGGCCGCGUCGUCAGCGGCGGCCGCGGCGUCGGCGGCGGGCGCCAGCGGGCCCUUGUCGAGCAUGACGAGCAGCAGCAGGGGCCCCCAGAAGGAGGAGAGGGCCAAGUUUUGGGCUCAGUUCCAGGAGACGUGGUCCCAGGUGCGUGAGACCACCAAGCGCCUGAAGGACGACUCGGACCCGGGCACACCCAGCACUGGCACCAACUGGACCGACACCACGGGGCAGGGCACUGAGAGGAAGUAG